AUGAAUGCCAAGUGGUUUCUAGGGCUGGCUGCCGCCGCCCGCCUGGUCUCCGCGCAAACCACUGUCACCUCCAUGUUCAUCUACGAUGCCGAUCCUCAACCCUUGGUGGCAUCUGUCAUGGGCGUUGCCGCAACGGCAACCACCUACUACAUCAAUUGUCCUCCUGGAACGGACGGCACCGACUGCGGCAUGGGGCCCGGGUUGACCGUGAUCGCAGGCCCGCAAACCACCUCCUAUCUGAUGGAGGAGCCUGACGAGGACUUCUAUUGGUCGGUGGCGUGUUCUCUGCAAGGAACCACGACGGGUUCCUGCGUUGAAAUGGCCUCAGGUACCGGCGCCAACUUCCCUGGAACCAGCACCAUCCCACUCGACACCGACGACAUUGCCAGUGGCUUGAUGCCGGUGACUAUCACCGCGGGGGCGGGCAGCAUCACUGCCUCGGACACUGCCUCAGCCACGGCUUCGCCCACUGGUGCCGCUGCCGCUACCGGAGCAUCGGCCAGCCACAAGUCUGCGACUGCUGAUGCUAGCAGCACCACUGCGACCUCCGCUGCAUCUGUGGCCUCAAGCACUACCAGCACCGGAGCCGGUGCAGUUGUUUCGAACGAUGCCCGUGCGAUCUUUGGCGGUGCUGCUGUAGCGGCUCUGGUGGCGGCUGUUCUGUAA